AUGACCGAAGACGAUCGACAUGACUCAGAUGGUGAUCGAGAAAUGUCUGAUUCAGAUUCCGAAAGCGAGCUAGAUCCUUUGGAAUACGAAAAAAGGAGGGAUGUAGUACUCCGACAGAUUGUUUUAUCCGAGAGCCAAUUUAACAAGCUGAAAAUCUGUUUAAGAGACGCGAAAAUUCGGCAGUUGAUGAAACGACGGCAGGAUGUGAUCAAUCAAACUGAUCCAGAAUUUCUAGUAAAGCAUCGUGAACUUCUGGAAGAAUUUGAUGCACGAAAUAGGCUUACCGAAGCUAUUCGUACGCUUGAAUUAGACUCAUUAGAACGGCGGACAGUUGGCUUGAAGAAAAUUGCUGAAACCAAUCAAAAUGAUAAUAAAAUUAUAGCUCAGGAGAAAUUGAGGGAGAAAAUUUUGGAUGAAAUCAGGAGCGAGCGAGAACGUCAGCUUCAAGAGAGGAUCGUGAAAGCAUAUUUACUUGAUGACCGCUUCGACGUGAAGAUUGGGCCACCAAACGGUACGUGUCAUCCACCGCCCUCCAAACGACCUCGAUACAGAAUGCCUGUAGUAUUUCAUAAACUGACUGAGGACCAAAUAGAGGCGGAUAUUCGUUCUGUCGAUCUAGCCAUCCUAAUUUCCGAAUUAAAAGAGGAAGCAGCAAAGGAAACCGAUACUUUUCGAUCUCUCCGAAUGGCUAAUUCGGAGCUACGGGAGCUGCUCGAUCGAGCUGCUCGGAAGCUCGAUCUGCCAUUCGAUAACCAGGAGCCAAUCGACAUUACGAAGAGGUUUUUUGAGGACUGCUCUCAUUUAGCAUUGGGUGAGGUUGUUCGGUACGACUCAUUCACUCUUGGAGAAGCAAUGAGCGCGGUAGAAUUGAUGGAUGAGAAAAUGGAUAUUGGCAUGAAGAAAGUGACAAGGAAAAUGGGUCUUGAGGAAUCGAUAGCAAAGGGACUAUAUGAAUCUUCUUUGGGUGAACAACUGAUUAUUUACGAUGCGACAUUAUGCACGUUUGUUACCUGGCUUGAAGGCAGUUGCAUAGGGCAGACGUUAUGGACAAAUGUUCUGCUUACGGACCCGGAACGUGUUCGUUUCGAAGACCAUCCCGUAUUUGCUUGUCUUUCUCAUGGAUUCUAUCAUAUUGUGAUGCAAGUUAAAAGUAUUAUACAGAAUGCCAGCGUUUAUGAAGAGGAAGACUUCAAUCCGCAUUUACCUUUUCCUUGUACUUCUCAUUAUCCGAUGCAUGAGGUUAUACAGUUGAUGAAAGAUAUUGAACUUGACCUUGUUCGACGUUCUGAAGAAACGGAUAAAGAUGAAGAGAAGACAAAGCUUCUUACUCUGUCUUCUCGUAUAGCAUUUAUGCGGAUAUUUCUGGUCACACUCACUUUUUUGGUACCUCCCAGAAAACCAGAGGAGUGGCGUACAGAUUCUUCACAAAUGCCUCCUCUAGAUGCACUAGGUUUCACAGCUGAUUUGGAUGCCGCGACAAGUGCAGCCUCUAAACUCGUUUUGUUGUCGUCAAAGUUUUUAGAUACUUCUGUACAUGAAUGUGCACCACGACCGAAUGGCAUUGAGCGCGAUGGAGACUUUUCAUGGUUGAUCGCAUUUGAACCGGAGUUAAACAGACAGUACUUACCGUCCACGUUCCCUCGAAAAAUUGAGAUACUUCCUCGAGAAAAAGCAUUACCGCAUCUCCAUCGUAUUUCAUGCAAGAUACAUUUUAUGGCAUCGCAAUUGAGGAAUAACUUAGCGGAUUCAAAUAGUCUUGUUGAAUUUAUGAAAUGGUUCAGUUAUGAUGAUAGUUGUGUUUUAACUCGAUCAAUACUACAGAUGGUCGUAUAUCCACUCGAUGACAAUGUAUUGGGCACUCAGCCUACUGCGCUUUUCGUGGAAAGCACGCCUUUGUAUGACAACGAAGAUUGCCGUAAAGUCGUUGAAGACUUCACAAUGAAUGCCACCAGGGUUAUGCUUAGUCUGUAUCAAAACUUUGGAUUCAACCUUGCUCGUCAAAGAGAUAAGUUGGUAAUCAUACUGGAAGAAUUUAAUGAGUUGCACGAAGAUGCUUGCCGGGCAGAUGCUGUAUGCAGGGAUAUUGUUCCUGUUCACAACAAGUAUAAUCCAUUUGUUACUUUUGUUUUUACACAAACUCUGUCAUUAGUUGUUUACCACAUGGAACUGAGUUUUCGGCUUGAACUAUUUGCACCUUUCGAAUUUACCUACAUAUACUGGUUUUAUGGAGAAGUUGUUGGGCGGUGGUAUAUGACAUCUAUCGAGAAAACUCGUGAGCUAAUGAGAGACACGCUGAGGAAAGAAAGCGAACUACAUGAACAAGGACGGAAAAAUAAAAAGAAGGUCAAGCCUCGCUUCAAUUAUGAAGAGCAUUUUCGUAAUCGUUCUGCUGUUUGGCAGGAUCAACUAAUUUUGAGAUACGGUCAUUCAGCGAUGGCGGACGCUACAUUUCACAUAGCUGUAGCACUGAUUCAAAUGGGACAAAUUCGGGUCCCCGUAUGGAAUGAGGAGUCCGAGCGUCUUCGCUUUGAACAUCGUAUGGCUUUUCUAAUAAGCAUAGGCGACCCUCUUCAUGUUACCUAUGAGGAAUUUCUCUCUCGGAGCAGAGUGCGAGAGCUUCUUGACGGAGAUAUCAGUGUUCCACUCCAACGUGCCAUUGACACCUUCGAAUUAGCGCGAAGUCAAUUCGAGAAGUUGGUUGAUCGGAAUGAGUUUACGAUUCAUAUCAAGCCCUUGAUUCUGGUGUGCCGAACGAACGUCGUGGUCGCUCGCCUCCUUCUGGCCGGUAAUGUAAGGGAUCGCCGUGUGACAUUCAAUUUUAUGCCGGAUUCACCAAUAUUCCCCAUUCUCAAGCUAGUUGCGGGAAAAUAA